UGGAAAUCCAGAUGGCUGGAUCGAACUUACGCCGGGAGAGGUGGUCGUAGAAGUAAACGAGGAUGAUCCCAGAAGCAGCCAGCUACUGGAAUAUCAAUAUGACUACCGGGUGGACCGUACCAUUCUGCGGGACAGUAACGAUGGUGGAAACGCUGCAUACGGAUCGUCAACAACCAAAAUAAUUCCUUCGGACGUUCUGCACAGAGAAAAGGGUAAAUACUUCCUUACCGAAAGGUUUCAGCCCAUAGGCAAACUGACGAUGCUUCUGAAGGAAGGAAAUCUGUACGAAGAUCCGGAACUCGAAAUCCUCGAACGGGAAGACUUUUCGGCGCAGAUGGUCGAUAAGGGAAGCGGCCAUACGAAAAAGCCGCAUGGAUUUCACAGCCAGG